GAGUCUUAUCCGGCGCGAAUUCAAAUUAAUCGGACAAGUCAUUUUCAGUUGUAGUCGUACGAAAAUUUUUACUGAACUUCCCUUAUUUAUAUUGUUGAUGGGAAAGGGUUGAUUUCAUAAGAAUCAUAAUAUUUUUUUCGUUUAAAUGAUAAAAUAAAUUUCUUGUUCUUUCAAAAACUCUCUAUUGACUCUAUGCGUCAAGAAAAAAAAAUUGUCUAAACAACCAUAAUGCAUCGCGUAUUUAUCGUUCUUACUUGGGCGCUCGAUAGGAGAGCUAAACAAAUUUCAUUUGUAAGUGACCCAAAAUACAUGGGCUCACAUAACCAUAAUAUUUUCAUUAAAACAAGUGUGAAUCUUUAUUAAAACAUUAUUAUUAAAACAUUGUAAAGUUGUUGAUUUGAGAAUCUUCUUAUGGAUUGAUCUAAACACCAACCAAAGAACAGGUCAAGUCAACACAAAGAAUGUUUUCUUUUCACAUUAAACUUACAAUUUCAACCAAGACAUUUCACACUUUUAAUUCCCUUGACAAAGCUUCAAUACCAAAUGUAUCUCCCAUUUCUAUGUUUUCUUCUCUCUUUUUUUGGGAUAAUCGUAGUGUCCGGACCAGUUUGAACGCACUCGACUAAUUCAACGAAAUACCAACUCAAUGCCUUGGAGUCCAACAGACAUUACAGGCACUGAAUUGGUAUUUUUUGGUGAUCAUGGAGGCUAUGGAUUGGAAGAAUUGUUGCGAUCGACAGCCGGAGUUUUAGGAAAAGGUGUUUUCGGGACGAGUUACAAGUCGGAGCUGCAAGGGAAAAAUGCAGUAGCUGUGAAAAGAUUGAAGGUUGGUUGCUUACCUGAGGAAGAGUUCAGAGAAAAAAUUGGUGAACUAGGCAAGGCAGUUCAUGAAAAUUUGCUUCCUGUUAGAGGAUAUUGUUGGCAUCAGGAUGAAAUUCUUCUUGUAUAUGAUUAUGUUAGAAUGGGAAGCUUAGCUUUUCGUUUACAUGGGAAUGAAGGGAUGAGCAAAGGUUCAAUCACCUGGGAAGUAAGAAGCAGCAUUGCAUAUGGGGUUGCCCGUGCUGUCGAAUUUCUCCAUUCCCGAGGCUCAAAUUUCUGCCAUGGAAACAUAAGAUCAUCCAAUGUUUUCCUCACCAACUCCUUAUCAGGUGUUCGUCUAUCUGAGUUUUCCAUUGCGCGAAUUCUUUCUCCCAAUACAAAACUAGAGCUUGUGGCUGGAUAUCGCGCGCCAGAAGUGACGAAUGCUUAUGAAGUCUCACAAAAGUCUGAUGUCUAUAGCUUUGGUGUUCUACUCUUGGAACUAUUAACUGGUAAAGCUCCACUAGAUGAAUUUACCAAGAACAAAGGAGUAGAUUUACCUAAGUGGAUCCGUUCCAUGUUUCAAGAGAAACCGAUCAUCGAUGUUUUUGAUACCAUGCUGCCUAAACAUAACCAGAAUACUGCUGAGCAAAUGGUCCAGUUGUUACAGCUUGCAGUUUGCUGUACUUUCCGGUAUCCAAAUAAAAGACCUUCAAUGGCUGCAGUGACAAAGCAGAUAAGGGAUACCUGCAGGUUUCAUUGAUGACAGGACAAUAUACAAAAACAACAUGAUAGCAAAAGACAUAGUUGUCUUUAUCUAACCAUAUGCUUUUAUAAAUAUGAUAGUUUCAGAUCCAACUCCUCCCCAUUUCCCCCCAUGUUCCUUCU